UAUUAAUAACAGCAAUCAUGAAUAAAGGAUAAUCUCCAAGAAGAGAUCACUCUCCCAAUUUCUUUUAUCAUGUUACAAAUGAUAAUUACAUGUAUAAGAGAAAUGCAGAUUCAUAAUAAACUGAUCCUAAUUGUAUGACUAAAUAAGCUAGAAAUUAUGUUCAUAAUGCAAACAUUAAUAAUUCUCCAAAACCUGCUGGAUCACCUUCAAGAAUGAAUUUUAAAAUGCAAAACAAAUAUUUCCAUCAGUCUAAUAUUUUCGAUGGCUAUUAAUAAACUAAAGAGUAUUAACCACCUGAAUAGCCAUUGAAAGAAAAAUAAAGAGAUAAUAAAUCACCUUCUAUUUUAAAUGGAGCAUAAAUAAAUAAAAAUUAUAAUUGUACAUAAGGUAAGUCAUAACCAAUAAUAAAUAAAUCUAAAUAAAUUACUGUAGAGUUUUAAACAGAUAACAACAAUUUUGAUGCUUUAGAUUUAAAAAGAUCUUUAUUGAGAUAGGGCAUUUAGAUUUCGGAUAUUUAAAUGAAGAAUCCCAUCAAUUCUGGUAGAACUAAAAAUAUAGGAAAUCUUACAGUAAGAGGAGACGAAGAUAAAUUAUCUUCUUUACAUUAAGAACUCGAAAAGGUGGGACUUAAAACUUAUGAUAAACCAAAUAAUUAUUAUGUAUUAUAAAUAUCAAUAAUAAAUCUAGAAAUAAUAAGCUGAUCAUAGUUGGCAGCUUCAAAAAUAGAAAUAUGACAAAAUUGAAUAUUUCAAGAAUCGUUGAUUUCAUAACAAUUUAAAUACAG